AUGAUGAAAGACUCUGAAGAAGCUGAACUUUGCUUUCCACAGCAGCUCAAUGCAUCAUGCAGCAAGACCAUGCAUCCUCCCUCAGUAUCGUUGUUGAUUUACAUUACUCUGUCAUUCAUCUCUUUUCUCACUGUGACACUCAACCUUCUGGUCAUCAUUUCUAUCUCCCACUUUAAGAGACUUCACAGCCCCACCAACAUCCUGCUGCUAUCUCUGGCUGUCUCAGACUGUCUGGUGGGAUUCCUCAUCUCAUUCCAGAUAGUGCUGAUAGACGGCUGCUGGUAUCUUGGGGACAUCAUGUGUGCCCUCUAUGUUGUUUUGGACUAUGCUAUCACUGCUGCCUCAAUAGGAACCAUGGUGCUCAUUUCAGUUGAUCGUUACAUGGCCAUCUGUUACCCCCUGCAUUACUCAAGCAAAGUCACUACAGAACGAGUGAAGAUGUGUGUUUUACUGUGUUGGAUGAUUGCUUUUCUUUGUCACAGCCUGCUCCUGAAAGACAGCUUGCAAAAACCAGGCAGGUUUAAUUCCUGCUUUGGAGAGUGUGUAGUUGUCCUAGAUUAUGUUGGAGGAAUAGUUGAUCUUUUGUUAUCUUUUAUUGGUCCAGUUUCUGCCAUCCUCAUUCUGUAUGUGAGAGUGUUUGUAGUAGUUGUGUCUCAGGCUCGAGCUAUACAGUCUGACGUUGCUGCAGUCUCAGUGCAGGGCUCAGUGAAAGUCACAGCUAAGAAAUCUGAAAUGAAGGCAGCCAUAACACUUGGUGUUGUUGUAGUUGUCUUUCUGAUAUGCACCUGCCCAUAUUUCUGUGUUAUUCUAAUGGCAGAAGAUGCCACAGUCAGUGCUUCAUCUGUGACUUUUCUUCUGUUUUAUUUUAAUUCCACCCUGAACCCUCUGAUCUAUGCCCUGUUUUAUCCCUGGUUUAGGAAAUCAGUAAAACUCAUUCUUACACUGCAGAUAUUGAAGUCUGACUCAUCUGACACUAUUGUGAUGUCAAGAAAUUAG